UUGGCCGAAGUGAGAAGCUAUGGCUUCGCACUCGCUUGGUGUUCUGGGCUCGCCGUGCUCGCCCCACAAGAGCACCAAUGGUGCUUCCAGCUGUGGCGUGGCCUCCUGGUCCUUGUAUCCUCCGGCCUGGAAAGAGAGGCAAUCGAUCAUUACCAAUGCGCCCUAUAAGAGCGUCUCAAUCUCCUCCACAAAGAAGACCACUCGGAUAGUGAUUUACGCUCGGAAGCAAGGGGGUGGCCUCAACGUUAUGAUCUCAGGCGCCCCAGCGUCAGGCAAGGGCACGCAAUGUGAGAUGAUCAAAGACAAGUACAAUCUGGUCCAUAUUUCCGCUGGAGAUUUGCUACGAGCGGAAGUUGCCGCAGACACUGAUUAUGGGAAGAGGGCCAAGGAGUUUAUGAAUCAAGGCAAACUUGUUCCCGAUGAUGUUGUGGUCUCGAUGGUCAAGCAAAGAUUGCAGCUACCAGAUGUUUGCGAAGCUGGCUGGCUCCUGGAUGGAUAUCCCCGGAGUUUAUCACAGGCUCAAGCACUCGAAGCUCUGAAAAUAAGACCACAGCUUUUCAUACUACUGGAGGUGCCCGAAGACGUCUUGAUCGAGCGAGUGGUCGGAAGAAGGCUCGAUCCCGUGACUGGAAAGAUUUACCACCUCAAGUAUUUCCCUCCCGAGGAUCCAGAGGUUGCCGCGAGGCUGAUUCAACGCAGUGACGACACCGAAAAAAAGGCAAUGGAGCGCUUGCGAACUUACCACGAGAACCUCGCUUCUGUGUUGUCUGUGUACGAGAGCUGCAUCAAAACUGUUGAUGGUAAUCGACCCAAGAGCGAGGUUUUUGGAGACAUUAGUAGCUUUCUGGACGAUCAUAUCAAGGCUGCUACAAAAGUAUCCAAGCCUAAGCAGGACAGCUGGAGAGGGAUGCCGACUAAACUAAAUAGCAUCCCGCACUCGAGAGAAAUCCGCGAGUAUUUCUACACAGAGGUCUGCGAAGGCGUGAGAAAUGCGGUUGAAGACGGCCUUCACAAGCUCAAGGUUGAAAUCACAAUACCGGAGCUGAAUCCUGAGAUGGAUGUUUACAGAGCUGGAACCUUGCUGGAGCUGGUGCGAGAGCUUGCAUUUACGUUUGCCAACGAUGGGAAAAGAGUCAAAGUUUGUGUACAAGGCCCAAUGGGAGAAGGGAUCUUCAGAGGAAUGCCACUGCAACUCUCGGGCUCCAGGAGGAUGCUCGAGGUUAUGGACUGGGGCGACUACGGAGCAAAAGGAACGUUUGUCAACAUUGGUGCAAUAGCUGCAAGCGAUGUGUUCGAAACGGAUGACAUGUUCAUCCUCAUGGCUCCGCAAAAUGCCGUCGGAAAUUGCAUCAUAGAGGAUUUACAAGCAAUGGUGCAAGCAGCCGGAGACAGACCAGUUAUUCUCGUCAAUCCGCAGCUCAAGGACGUUCCAGGCGCCGGAGGAGUGAUGCAGGUGAUUGGGAGAGAGCAAAGGAUGGAGUUUUCAGACUCUUUCUUCGUUUGCUACUCUUUCAGGCUCCUCUACAGAGCUGGAACGUUCUAUCCAAUCAUGGGAGCGCUCAGGAUGAAGUAUCCUGGCCCCUACGAAGUCCACAAGCGAAUUGACACAGGCUACAGCAGUGAGACAUACAUCCAGGAAGCAACAUUCGCAGGCCGCCCCACCCCAACAGAGCUGCAAGACGUCUUCGCCGGGCGAUCGAAAGAGGCAAGCAAAACCAAAAGCAUCUGGUCCUUCUUCGGGAUCUAGCAAGAGCAAGCGUUUCACUCUGUGUGUGUGUGAGAGAGAGAGAGAGAGAGGACGAAGAUAAGAAACAAAGCACUUGCUUAAUUCCAAGUACCUAUCAUUUUUCUCC